GAAGUAACGAAGGUCAAAAAUUAGACAUGGCGGCCCGCUGUAUGUUGAGGUCUGUGUGGACCUCGUUUUCGAGUUUAACAUUGGGUCCUAGUGCCUCUAACUUUUGUAGUCUGCAGAGGAUAAAUGUUCCCCAGCUUUCGGCUUUAACCAUACAGAGCAGAGGGAUCCGUCAAGUGGUGGAGAAGCGAGAGGGUAACACUAUCACUAUUGAAGGCAAGACAGUGGAAACUCCAGCAGCACCUGAGCCUCCAAACCCUGCAGCCAAGUGCCCUAUCUACAGAUGGAACUUGCAACACAAAUACAACUAUACGGAUGUCUUGUUGCUCAGUCAGUUCAUCAGGUCAGAUGGAGGGAUGUUGCCCCGGAGAAUCACUGGUCUCUGUGCAGAAGAACAUCGCAAGAUUGCUAUUUGUGUUCAGAUGGCACACAGAGCUGGUCUGCUCCCUGACCACAGACCCAAACUUCCAGAGGGACAUGUCCCAAAGACACCCAAACCCAAGCUCAACAGAUACCUGACACGGUGGUCUGUCAAGUCUGUGAAACCCAUCUAUAAACCCGGGCUGAAGUGGUGUAAGAAGCGCAUGGAUGUUGGCCACCCGGCACUGAAGGACAAUGUGCGAUACUCUGUCAAACCACUUUACAUGAAACACUAGUGGCUAAAGGCCCAACCAAUGAGAAGAAGAGGCUGUGGAGCCAUUCUGCUGGGAUACAAUUCUUAGUGGAUUUUCACCUAAGCCAAUCUUUCAAAUACAUGCAUCUGGAUUUACACUGACUUUUGUUAUACUGCCCUGGGAAAAGAGCUAAGAGCUUUAUCCAUCUGUAUUUAUUUUACCUUUUGUUUAUGAAGCUGCGUCAUGUUUGUAAUGGAUCAUGCUCAGCCCCACCCACAGUCAUCUAUUUUGUGUCUGUUGGCUUUCAGAAAGCCCUUGAAGUGAACUCACUGACAAGUUAAUGUGAACAACUGGGUCAGUAUUACACUUUCAAAGUAGGUGGUAUGUUGACUCUGUAUACUCAAGGCAACACAGAUGUGCAAAUAAAAUGUGUCCAUUUA